GCUGACUUCAUCUCACUUCAGCAGAGGAGGACCUCAAAACCUUGUGGACGUGGUCUACUAUCCGCUCCGAGGUUUGGAAGUUGCAUUAGACCAAUUAGAACUGUUUCACCAUGGCGCAUUAACGGAAACAUUCGUUAGAAACGCCGGUUGGACUUUGUCGGACAUGUGCAGUAAAUUAACAUAAUAUCAGAGAUCAGAUAUCAGGGAUUAAUAGGCUGCCAUUAGGGAAGGAAGAGAUUCAGCACAGAGCUGCAGCGCCGAGGGGGCGCACGGAGAUCACGCACGUGUGUGCCGGUUUGUGAUUUUACUCUUUACUCGCUGAUAUGGUGUGAUCACUUCUCUUACAUCUGAGGACACGGGCUGAAGGAUCCAUCAUCUUUGGGAGACGAUCAACAGAGUUACGGUUAAGAUGCCAGGGAGAGAAGAGUCGUAUCUGUGGUUGCUGAUCCUCAUUAUGGUGUCGGUGUCUGUCACUGGAUUUCCCACGAGUUUAAAGAAGACUUCAGUCGGAGACAGACACACUACAACGUCUCUCACUGAGGUGAUAGCAGUCCAUAGUCAUGGCAAAGAACAUCAGACUCUCCAGGAGCUCCAGCAGGAGAACCUGCUGCAGACCCUACCCUCUGCUCCGUCUUCCCCCAGGUCGCGACACCGUUGGUCCCCGUACAGUCACCAGAGUGUCUUGUCCCUACCUAAACGUGAGGAGGACCAUGAGCUUUUCAUUCUGGACCUCAGGAACUUCCCAGACCUGGCCAAUGCAGACAUGGGUUCACAGAACCCCAACAUCCAGUGUUUCCUUCAGGUGACCAUCGAGGUGGUAGAUGACGCACAGACUGAUAUGGAGGUAGAGAUAGACCUGGUCAAGGACAGUCAGCGUAAUGACUGGUCAGUGUCAUCAUCAGAGUGGGCCAACAGCCACAAAAAACUGUUUUGGCCACUGUUCUGGGAGUACCCGGAGCAGGUGGAGAAUGGGCUGGGAAGAGACAGUUUGGCGGAACAGUCUGAAGACUACAACUACAACCCAGAGGAGCCCAUCCUGAGUGGAAUUGGGGGAGACUGGGGUAGUCACUGGAAUGAAGACUGGGAUGCAAAGGAUAACUACGAGUACGAGGAGGAAUGGAGUGGCUGGGCUCCCUGCAGUGUCACCUGUGGACAUGGCACUCAGAAACGCACCCGUUCCUGUGGAUACGCAUGCACUGCAACUGAGUCACGCACAUGUGACCUGGAGAGCUGUGCUGACACUGCUAUGUCAGUGACUGAGCUGUCACCCAUCCAAACGACCACCAGCACAAACUCCCUAGACAUAAAUGUAGACAGCUGUGAGAAGUGGCUGAGCUGUAAGAAUGACUUCCUCCAGAAAUACCUGCACCAAGUGCUCACAGAGCUCCCUAGCUGCCCCUGCUCCUACCCCUCUGAGGCUGUUUACAGAGCUGUCAAUAUCCAGGAUGCCAAACUUCGCAAGACCUACCGCUGGAGGGAUGCUAGCGGACCCAAAGAACGGUUGGACAUCUACAAACCUUCAGCCAGAUUCUGUGUCCGCUCAAUGCUGUCAUAUGAUAGCACAACAUUGGCAGCGCAGCACUGCUGCUACAAUGAUCAGAUGAGACUGAUAACGCGAGGUAAAGGAGCAGGAGUGCCAAAUUUGAUCAGUACAGAGUUCUCACCAGAGCUGCAUUACAAAGUGGAUGUACUUCCUUGGAUCCUGUGCAAGGGGGACUGGAGUCGCUUUCACUCAGCAAGGCCGCCCAAUAAUGGUUUAGACUGUGCAGAUAACCCCCCUGAACAAGUGUUUCAGAUGGAACUUAAAGAGGCCAGGGAGUACUGACUCUGUGGCGUUGUAGUAUUGAACAAGAGAGGAGGACAAUGGGAGACAUAAAGUACUUGGUAGUUGGUAGUUCAAAAUCACAAUGUUUCUGUCAUGCAUCAACUCCACCCAGCUAAAGUACUUUGGUGAUGUUGAAAGCUUUGUUGUUGCAAUCUUAUGGUAUUUGCACAGUUACUUUGGUUUAAAAGGGGGACAUAACUUAAGAAAUAUAAAUGGAAGACAUGGACAACUAAUAGUGGUGACAGUGUUUUAUACUCAUAUGUAGUAUAAACAAAACUGUAUAAACAUAUCUAUAGCAGCAAAACUGAAAUAACACUGGUGUUGGAACAGUGAAAAUCAGUGCUGAAGUGUUGCAAAGUAUGUUUUACUAAGACCCUUGUUAGUUAAUCCCUCUUCCUGUAUAUUGCUGCUACUCUGCUGGGAUGUGCUGAGCUAAGGUGAAUAUCUCUGAUGGCAGUGGCAUGUGUGUAGUGUGGAGAUUUGUCUCAAUAUAAUUAGUUUGAAUCAGUUUGUAAAUUGGUUAAUAUGAAACACCUUCCACAAAUACAAAAAAUAUUGACGUAAACUCUCAAAUAAAAAUAUCUGCAAAUACAUUCAAUUCAUUUACAAAUAAAUUAAAAACAUUUGUGACAAUGUUCAAAACAA